CCGACGGCUUUGGGACUUGUAACCUUCCAAGACUGUUUUGGGGCUGCUGGACGGGACCGGUGUAGCUGUUCGCGAGUGGAGAACAAUGCUAUCCUCGACGACGACCAUUUACUGAUGAUGGACGGACGAACGGCGACGGGCUCCUCGGCUAUGGCGGACACGGGGAGGACGCCGGCGAAUUGGGGCUGUUCGCAGGCUCGCCUGCGAACAAGGUGGUCGUGCAGAGAGGAUGAUGGUCACCGGGAGAAGAUGCUGCUCGGAGAGUUCCGCUACUGGAAGGCCUCGCCGGAAUUUGCAGUUGGCUAUAGUUUGUCUUCCUUCAGGGUUAGUAUGGCUUGUUGUUCUUUAGCCGUAAGUGUGAGUCGGCGAGGCGAGCCGAAGCUCCGCUGCUACCGGGUGGCGUCGUUUCAUGCUUCGUCACUACAACCGCCGCCCCUCCAUCCGAUCGAGAUCCAGCUGCUGGAAAUUCGCUUCAUUCAUCAUCGGGGUUGUGGUGUCGGCGAGAUUUGCUUACUACGGCAUAAGCUCAAAACUCAUGAGAUAUUUCACGCACGUCAUUCAGAUCGACGGUCAAAACGCGAUGGAUCCGUCGUGCUUUAUCUGCUCGCUGAAAAAAUGGCGGAAAAAACAGUGACCUUCAGAACGAGGAAGUUCAUGACGAACCGUCUUCUCUCUAGGAAACAAUUCGUCAUUGACGUUUUGCAUCCAGGAAAAGCGAAUGUUUCUAUGGCUGAGUUGAAGGAGAAGUUGGCAAGGAUGUAUGAGGUUAAAGAUUCGAAUGCCAUCUUCGUGUUCAAGUUCAGGACCCACUUUGGUAGAGGCAAAUCUACGGGCUUUGGCUUGAUCUAUGAUUCUGUUGAGAGUGCAAAGAAGUUUGAGCCUAAAUACAGGCUUAUCGGGAAUGGUCUGGACACUAAGGUUGAGAAGUCGAGGAAGCAGAUGAAGGAAAGGAAGAACAGAGCAAAGAAAGUCCGUGGUGUUAAGAAGGUGAUGACCAAGGCAGGCAAUUGGAAUGCAUUCAGAUGGAAAAAAACUAACGGCCCAUGGGAAGAAAGGCUGGGCCAUUUUGGUGAUGUUUGGCAUUAUUGGACUGGUGAUGGAUUUGGUCAUCUGCAGUUUCUCCAGCUUGCUGAGGAUUUAAGCAACGCACCUAUCUGUGCAUUCACCAAUGGUGUCAGCCACAAUGAUCAAGUCGACAGUUCCAGCAUUGCACCAUUUUUUCCUUUUAUUUAA